AUGGCCGUGACAGAGUCUGAGGUGGCUAUGGCAGAAGCCGUGGGUGGUGGGCGAGAUAUCGCACGGACACCUUGUCCGCAGCACGUGCGCGACGUGGUGUUGGAUCAUGCUGUGCUUCUUUGCCUGGGACUGGGCCGCUUACGCAGAGAGGCGCCGCAGUGGCGCCAGCGGCUGGCUCCUCUUCUUGAAACAGUACUGCCAGGUGGCAGCGUGGACGGGCCAAAGGCUCUGCUCACCUCCCUGAGGACUGUGGCAGAACAGGUGGCUGCCUCCCCAGCGGAGGCUGCUCAAGAUAUCGCCUCGGAAUCGGAGGAGGAGCAAUUUCCGCUGCUCUGCGAUUGCACCUUCACCCUCGCUUGUGGCGCAGCAACAUUGCUGACAGAGGCGAGGCUGCAGCUGAGGCGUGGCCACGUCUAUGGAAUCGUGGGGGGGAAUGACAGUGGGAAAAGCACUCUCCUUCGCGCCAUCCACGAGCGACGUGUCUCCGGCUUCCCACCUGCAUCUGAGCUCCGCACUUCCUUGGUCGAGCAUGGC